AUGGCAUCAAGAGGUAAAACAGAAACUAAUAAAUUAAAAGUUAAUAUUGAAGAGCAAUUAAAUAGAUUAUUAGCACAAUUACAAGAUAUUGAAGAAUUAAAAGAAGAUAUCACACAAGAAGAAUAUGAUGAAACUAAAAAAGAUACACUUGAACAAAUGAAAGAAUUUGAACAAUCAUUAAAAAAAAUGAUGUCUGGUGAUAUGACAUUAGUAUCAGAAUUGGGUGGUGUUCAAUUAGCAAUUCAAGCAGCAGUUUCACAAGCAUUCAAAACACCAGAAGUUAUCAAAUUAUUUGCAAAGAAAGAUCAAAAUUCAUUAAGAACUAAAUUAGGUAACAUUCAAAGAGAUGUUCAAUUAGGUAAAAUUUCAAAAGAUGCUUAUAUUGAUCAAUCUGUUGAAAUUUUAGCUGCUUUAAAGAAAUUAGAUUUUGUUUUAUCACCAGAAGAAGAGGCAUUUUUAGAAAAACAUAAAUCUCGUUCAAUGAGUGAAUUUGAAAAAGUAUCAUCAAAUAUUGGUCAAGGUACAAAAGAAAAUAUUCUUUCAUCUGCAGCUUCUCAAAUUAAAAAUGCUUCAAAGUAA